UUGCGAGCCAAUCAGCCAACCCGACUCCUGCAGAAAAUUUGACGAUUGUAAAGUCCGAAACCAGUGCCGCCAAGCGUAUAGGUACGGAGUAGUAGACAAGCUGAGUCUAGAUCACGUGGUACAAACAUGGACGCGGGACUCUCCCGCCAAAACCAGAAAGUGGCCAUAGUGGGCAUAGGCUGUCGCUAUGGCAACGGGGUCGACAACGUCAGGAAGUUCUGGGAGAUGUUGGUGAAGGGGUUGGACUGCACCACGCCGGUACCUGCAGAUCGCUUCGAUGCCAGCUACUUCCUAAGUCCUGGAGAGAAGAGGGCAGGCAAGAUGUACAUCAAGAACGGUGGCUACAUCUCUCAGGACCCGUACAUGUUCGACAGGCAGUUCUUUCAUAUGCCACCCGAAGAAGCAGCUCAUCUAGAUCCACAAGUAAGGCUCCUUCUUGAAGUCACGUGGGAGGCGCUUGAGAAUGCUGGAAUGCCAGCUUCCUCUAUACGAGGUUCCAAGACAGGUGUCUACAUGGGCGUGACGGCACAGGAGUACUUAUCAUUUGCCUGUAAACCAGUCCACAACAUGAAUCAAUACACUAACUCGGGUAACAACUCCUGCAUGGUGUCCAACCGCAUCUCAUACGAAUUUGAUCUUCGUGGACCCAGUUUCUCCGUGGACACUGCCUGUUCAUCCUCCCUGUAUUCCAUCCAUCUGGCGUGUGAGGCACUCAAGCAGAACUCCUGUACCAUGGCUCUUGCUGGAGGAGUCAACUUGAUCCUUACACCAGUUACAUCCAUUGGGUUUUGUCAGGCUGGAAUGUUGUCAGCAGACGGGAAGUGCAAAAGCUUUGACCAAUCAGCGGAUGGAUAUUCACGCAGCGAGGGUGCCGGGGUCGUGGUUUUGAAACCGUUGUCUGAGGCUCUGCGGAAUGGUGAUCGUGUUUACGCUGUACUGCGAGGAGGUGCACUGAGUAAUGAUGGCCGCACACCGGGCAUUGCAAACCCUAGUUUCGACGCGCAGGUGGAUUUGGUGAAGAGCGCUUGUCGCAACGCCAGAGUGGACCCCCAUCAGAUUGUCUACGCUGAGGCUCAUGGCACAGGAACACGGGUUGGGGACACAACCGAGGCAGGUGCCUUGGGUGAGGCUAUGGGACGAAGACGAGGACCCAAACAUCCUCCAUUCUACAUUGGGUCUGUCAAAUCUAACGUGGGUCAUUCCGAAGGUGCAGCAGGAGUCGCUGGCAUAAUUAAGACCGCCUUGUGCCUUUAUCAACGUAAGAUCCCACCAGUCGUGCACUUUAAAACUCCGAACGAAAACGUCAACUUCAAAGAGCUGAAUAUCAAUAUCCCUACCGAGCUGAUACAUUGGCCAGACAGAGACGGCCGCCUCUUGGCUUGCUGCAGUUCUUUUGGUUUCGGUGGAGCGAAUGCUAACAUUGUUCUUGAAGGUCCUACUAAUCUCCAUGGAAGUGGUCAGUUCAUAAAGAUGGGUAAAACGCUGAGCUGCCUCCUCCUCUCUGCAUCAAGUUCCAAUGCUCUUCAUCAGAAAGUCAAGGAUUGGCUCGAUUUCCUUACCGGUGACACUCAUAUGACAGACGCUACUUUCUACUCGUGCCUGUACACAGCCGCUUGUCGUUCACAGCACUACACACAUCGUCUGGGUCUCGCUGUCAACUCCAAGGAAGAUGCGAUCCACCAACUUCGAAUGAAGCUUGAAGCUGAAACUCAGCAGACCUCGGACAGGUCUGUCAAAGGUGUAGCGCCGUCAGCCACAGGCAAUGAACGGCAGAUUGUGUUUGUCUUCUCUGGCAUGGGGACUCAAUGGUGGGGCAUGGCGAGAGAGCUAAUGCGUACACAGCCUGUCUUUGCUUCAAAGAUGAAGGUUAUCGACAAGCUUUUGCAGAACUGUGGAGCCAAAUGGUCAUUGGUCAGCAUGCUGUCUGAGGAAAAGGACCGUGAAAGAAUCAAUGAAACAGAAAUCAGCCAGCCUUGUCUGUGUGCGGUUGCGAUAGGUCUUGUUGAUCUGUGGAAGUGCCAUGGUGUGGUCCCAGACGCAGUGGUUGGUCAUAGUGUAGGAGAGGUCGCAUCAGCUUACGCAGCAGGUCUCCUAAGUCUUGAGCACGCAGUCAAGUUGAUCUAUCGGAGAGGAAGAGAGCUACGUAAGACCAGUGGCUCUGGGAAGAUGGUGGCUGUCUUGAAUCGUGUUGAAGACGCUGUCCAAUUCGCCAGUCAAAGCAAGCAUGGGCAAGUGCUCGAUGUUGCGGCUAUCAAUAGCCCAGGUCAAAUCGUGUUUUCAGGUGAGACCUUGACUGUUGAGGGUCUGGCUAACGAGCUGAAGUCAGAUAACAUAAAGUGUGUGGUACUUAAGGUAAAUAAUGCUUUUCACAGCAAACAGCAGGAGGUUGUAAAGAACCCUUUCCUCAAGAAAGUGGGUAAGUUUCUUAAGGUACAAAACGCGUCGGCGAAGCGACGCACGAUUCCAAUGAUGUCAACUGUGACUGGGCGUUAUUUGACGCCUGAGGAGGCUAACUCUCCUGAGUACUGGUAUCAGAAUAUCAGACAGAAGGUUUCCUUCAUGGAUUCCAUUCAGAAUCUUGCAAAAGAUGGCUACCGUGUGUUCGUGGAGAUAGGUCCUCACUCCUCGCUUCUGCCGGCCCUCCGAGACACACUUGCUGCUGUUCAGGCUACAGAUGAUGCAUUUAUCACAACUGCAUCUCUGCUACGGCCCCGAGACACCACCACAUUGGCCAACGAUUCUGAGAAUCUCCUGUUGGCGCAAAUGAGGCUUCAUGUGAGUGGCAUCCCCGUGAAGUUCCAUAGCUUGUUCAGUUCCACGUUUCGCCGAGUCGUGUCGGUCCCACACUACCCAUGGCAGCGAGAAAAGUGCACGAAUGUUUCUCCUGAAGGAAAGGAGGAAUUGCUCUUUCCUUUGUUGGAUGGUCACCACAUUCUCCUUGGAGAGCCCGUGGAUACAAGUUAUCUUCGAGAAAGUCCGGUGAAGAUAUGGCGAGCUGACCUGAAUGCAUCUCGGGUACCUUGGGUUCAGGAUCACGUCCUGCAGGGGGCUGUAGUUGUCCCUGCUGCUGCUUACACAGAGACAGCUCUUGCUGCAGCUCGAUCGAUGAACUCUGAUUCCUAUCCACUGAUUCUAAGUGGACUGACCUUCGAUCGAUUCAUGUUUGCCUCAAACUGCGAAGGUACUUUGGAGACGACAGUUGAGGAGAAGACAUCGGAGCAAUUUCUCUUCACGCUCCGGAGCCACGACGCGUCCAGAGGAACGUGGAUCAAACAUUGUCACCUGAAUAUCAUCCCUCCAUCUGUAGCCAAUGUUAGUGAGUUGAUGAACGUUACAGUUGAUGAAGAGAGCAUCAUCGCAAGGUGUGGAGAGAUCCUUCAAGGUGAGGAAUUUUACAUCAGGGCAUCAGAAUGUGGGUUUGAACUAGGAUCGACAUUUAGAUGCGUUCAGGAGAUUUCAACGUCAAACGAUUUUCGAGAAUGUUUAGUGUAUGCUGACGCCUCUCCCAGCUUGCAGAGGGAAUUUCAUCGUUACGUUUACCAUCCAGCUUUUAUGGAUAGUUUCUUGCAAGCCUUUGCCGUUCUCCUGAUUUUAGCGACUAAAGCAGAAAUGGAGGCUUCCGGCAAAACUUUCCAACCUGUGUAUAGGGUUCCAAAAAGCAUCAAGACGUUCACUGUCGCUGCUCCAACCUCACCGCGUGUAUGUAUCCACGCGAAGAUUGGCGGAAAGGACAGGCGUUUUUGUGACAUUGAUGUGGCUGACGCAGACACUAAGAAAGUAUUCUGUUCAGUUAGGGAACUUGUGUUUGAAACCUUUCAAGCUGACAAGAUUGAGCCGCAGGUAUGGGGUCUAGCUUGGAAAAAUCACGGGUCAGUAGUUGUCACAAACGAGUCAUCCGAAUCCCCAUGCGCUAAAAAGAAGUUGGUCGUCUUCCCGGAUGAUACAGAAGUAAGCAGUUCAUUUGUUGAUUCGCUAGUGAAGGUACAGGCCUGGGAUGUUUCAAUCAUUGAUAUGAAAAGGGCCGAUGCUGUGCAACAGGCAGUUACCGUCGUUUCAGACAAUAAAGAAUCUGAUGCGCUUGUGAUCAUCAUGAAAACAGAGAUUUGUGAUGUCGAUUUGAAUUCGGGAUCGGUCAUGUCAAGGAAUCAGUUUGAGGAGUGCCAAAAAGGCAUAUUGUUUUGUUACUCUGUCUUAAAGACGUUACAGCAGGAGGGGAUGAAGGCUAAGGUGAUUCUAUUCACAAAGGGUGCGCAGCAUGCAAAAGAAGAGGACGACGUCAACCCAUUUGCAGCGAUCCUGAAUACUAUCGGAGUCACAGUCAGUCAUGAAGAGCCUGUAAUUAGAGUAUUUACUGUUGACCUGCCCAUGAUGGCAAGCAGCCUUGAGUGCGCCAAAAUUGCUCAGGAAAUACUUAUCAAGGAAGACUAUUAUCUGAAUGACGAAAAUGUAGUCGCUGCAAGGACACCAAACUCCAAACUCGAAGACGAUCAAGCUCCCAUAGUGGAUUUCUUUUCACCUCGCUUGAAAAUGGAAAAUCUCUCCAAAGCUUCCGGAGUUGUGCCAACAAGGUUCUGGUCAGUUGUUGAGCGAGAGGUGUCUGAUCGUAGUCGUGUCUUCAUUCAGAAAGCUCCUCCCAAUGAGUUUGAUAACACCGAUUCAGACACUGUCCGAGUGAAGGUCGAAGCUUUCAGUGUUUAUAACAGGCAUGAGUUGGAAGGGGACAGCAAGGUAGGACCAAACACAUUCGUGUACGCUGGUAGAGUCGACCCGUCAGAAUCAAAAGAUGUCAGUGAAACGUACUUGGGUCUUACUUCUUGUGAUGAAGUCAAAUCGUCUAUGACCGCUUUGUCACAGGAUUUAGUUGAGGUGCCCUCCCAUCUCACGCCCAAAGAAGCAGUCAGUAUCGUUAACGAUUACUUCCCAACCGCCGUCUUCUUCAAUCAGGCUUUGCAAAUAUCUGCAGGUAUGCGUCUUGGCUUCAAGUUCGACUCUCUUGGUAGUUGUGAUAUCGCUACGAUUCACCUGUCAACUAAAUUGGGAGCUGAAGCGGUCCUUUUAACUGAUGAUCGUGAUGGUCUCGCGGAAACUAAGACAGAGAUACAUGUGAGGUGCCUCAGUGAGAUAGAUGAUGCCUCAGUUGAUGCACUUUUUCUGUCUUGCAGAUCGUCAUCCUUGGGUCGCACACUUCAGUCGUUGUUGCCAAAGUUGAGAAGAAACGCCUCUGUUGUGAUAAUGCAAAGACUGAGACAAGAUGAAAGACUUCCGAUGCUUCCUUCAAAGAUGAAGAUUGUUGCCUUCGAUACUGAUCUCCAGUCAGCAGUUGAUGGAUUAUCCGGUGCCGAGAUAUCAGCUACUCUGUCGAAUCUCUGGGAUAUGUUUGUCCCAAAUGUUGAAGGUAGUCACCUUACAUGUAAAACCAACAAUGUUAAGGGACUGUCUUCUCUGGCUGAACAAAAUACUGAAAUUCCCAAAUCUGAGGUCAUCGAGGUGGGAUCAGCGGAGCUUAUGUUGCCACCUUCUCUUGAGAAAGAUGGUUUCGUUGCUGAUGGAGAAUCGGCCUACUUCAUCACAGGAGGAACUAAGGGGUUUGGUCUCAGACUUCUAGAGUGGCUGAUACAAAGAGGAGCUCGAUACAUCUACGCUGGUUCAAGAGGGGAAAUAAAUGAUGAAUUACAAGGGGUAAUUAAAAAAGGACAGGAAAUCUCUGCCACAGUACGACACAUUCAGUUGGAUGUCUCUAAUGCCACCGACGUUGAAAGGGCAUUACAGGAAAUGAAAGAUGACAAGUUGCCUGCUUUGAAAGGUAUAUUCCACUGCGCCGCUGUCUUCAGUGAUGGAUUCAUUCAAAAUAUCACAGAAGAGUCUUGGAACAGUGUCAUGGCUCCGAAGGCUUAUGGGGCACUUCUCCUUCACCAGUUGACGCUUAAGCUUGGCAUCGAACUGGAUCAUUUCAUCAUGACCUCUUCCAUCGUGUCUCUGAUUGGCAAUGCAGGACAAGGUAGUUACUGUGCAGCCAAUGUCUUCUUGAACGCCCUCGCCCAGUAUCGACACAGGCGUAAUUUACCAGCAACUGCAGUGCAGCUUGGGUUGAUAAAUGACGUUGGGUUUGCAGUUCGCCGUGGUAUUGUUCAAAUGUGGGAGAAGACGGGCGUAGAAAGCAUGAGUCCCGAGGAAGCUCUGUGUGUUAUCGGUUGUGCUUUGUCAGUUCGUCAACCACACCUGGGCAUCUCAGGUUCCUUUAAUCGGAAACUAUACGCAGCGACGCAUCAGGGUCUUAUGAUACAACACUUUAGAGAAAAGCAUGGAACCAUGUCAGUGAUGAAAGAUUUGUUUCAAGACAGUGACGUGUAUCUAACUGCCACUAACGAUACCCUGCUACAGUCCAUUUUGAAGCUUCCGUUCGCCAAAGCCAAAGAGGUAGUUAUCGAGGCUUUGGCGAAACUUCUCAGUCAGCAGCUUGGGUUGUCUGAUGAGCCUCCGCAUGAUGCCUCUCCCAUUGCCCUUGGUUUGGAUUCCCUCAUGGCUUCAGAGGUCAGCCAGAUGAUCAGUCAGCAGUUUGAGGUCACUUUGGGAGCUGUGGAUCUACUUAACGACAAGAACACGAUCCAGGAGCUUUCGAAAAACAUAACAAGACAAAUACUGGCAAAGACGGACUCAACCACCCAGACUGGAUUUGAUAAUGAAGUCUUGUCCGUCUCCCAAGAGAAGAAAGUUGUCAUCGAGGGUGAUAUGCCGAAAUCGUUGGGACUGAAGCUUGUGUGCUUUCCCUCAAACGGUGCAGGACCUUCGCUGUUUUCACACUGGAUACAACAUCUGCUACCAUUUGGAAUCCAAGUAUUGAUGAUCCAGCUUCCGGGCUGGGAAGGGCGUGAAAGCGAACAACCACUGACAGAAAUGAGUGAUAUUGCACGGCUUGUACACGAUGAGCUCGUACCAAAUCUUUCAGAUAUUCCCUUCGUAUUUUUUGGCCACAGCAUGGGCAGUCUGGUCGCGUUUGAAGUUUCUCAUCUCCUUCUGCAGGAAGAAAGCAUCUGCCCUCGCCACCUGUUCGUCAGUGCUUGGUACGCACCGACAACACCUUAUCCCCACCCAGAAGAGCUCAAUAUCUCACCCGCAACCUUUGAAAGGUUGAGGAAGACCCUGGAGAACCACCCAAAGCUCUUUGCAAAUUUAGCGAGGAUCAAACAAGUAAAGUUCAGUUUUAUGGAUGAUAGAGCCUUCUUCAAUACCGCCCUCAUGCGACGGUUGUUACCUUGCAUUGAGGCCGCCAUUCAAAUGGUGAAAAGCUACGAUGGCAAACACCAGAACCCGUUGCCAUGUGACAUCACAGCUUUUGGCGGGAAACAGGACGGUUUUGUUCCACCUGAACUCCUGGACGGCUGGGAGUUGGAGAGGUCCAAGAAGCAUAACUUCAAGAAGACCACCUUGCCCGGGAGGCAUAUGUACAUUCUGACAAACACGGCAGAGAUUGUGAAGGAAAUAUGUCUUACGUGCAAGAAAAUAGGAGCUAACUGAAGUACUCAAGAAUGUAUUAUGCUAUUCGUUCCUGCAAAACAAGAUGGCUUAAUUGCUUUCAGUACAAAUUCCACACCCCUUCACUGAUUUCAUUCUUCCUGCUUUAAUCAAUAUUAAUAAUUACCGUGGAGGGUUGAUGGAUUAUGAUAAGUCGAGACUCGAUCACGUGGGGGUAUAUUAACGGUGAUAAAGACCGGCUUCAAAGACCUAGCGAAUAAAGGGACCCUGAACCAGCAUUGAUCCAGCAUCAUGUAAAUUAACGUACCAGUGUGUUUCUGCAUUUGCAUGGUAGGCCUAUAAUUUGAUAUGCGGUAAAGCUUGCAGACUUGACGCUUGUGUCUUAAAUGAAAAAUCGCACUAGCGCUCAGAAAAAAAAAGAAGGGCCAGUUUAAUUAUUUGCGCGAAGCCACAAUCAGAUUCUUCUAGGUUUUUUUAUGACUAGUGUUUAUUGUAUUUUUUAAAUUCGAUUGCAAUGCAGAUACUUACUCUUGUAAAGAGAAAAUUGGUUUGAGGAGAAAAGUAAGUUGAGGUGGAUAGAUAGUAUUUUAUAUAUUUUGUAUUGAAAAAAGAGUAGUAUUCGUAUUUUUACAUACGCAGUAAAUGUUCCUCUAAAUUCCGCAGGUAAAUAGGUUUAUACAGAUUUAAAACAGUUUACUUUGAAUUACGUUACAUAAAGUUAUAAAUGUAUUACUUUAUGAAUAGGAUACGCAUCCAAAACAUGUUGUUAUAGCUAAUUCUACAACUGAUAGUCAAAUCAAUGUAUUGCCUCAAUGGAAAAUUUGAGAGCGUAACACGGUAUGGGCUAAAUUGUUUAGGAUUGUGUUUGAACUAUAUGAUCAUGCUUUUUAGUCUGUCAGUAUUUUAAUGAUGUUAUUUUGAAGAUUGUCAGAAUAUGUUAUUCUUUAUGUUUUAAAUAUUAUAAUAAGCACAUACUGCUUUAUUUUAUAUAUAUUUUAAUAUAUCCACUACAAUAGGAUGCCUUAGUGAAUAACAUUGGGCAUUUUAACACAGACACAAGAUUUCCCGUGUAUAAUGGCCGAAUUCUCUGUUUAUAAUUAUUUGAUCUAACACUAACUUAGAUUUAUGUUCUGCCGAUGAGACCACGCAAAACCAGUGGUGGAAACUUGUAUCUCGAUUCUUACUUAUAUAGGCAUAUGCACUUCUUCUAUUCCUAACUAUCUUUGUCUGAAGCCAAUGAGCGACACCAUUUCACUGAAAUGAAAGGACCCUUUGCAACCUUCAGAUUAUUUUACUUAUGCGAUCGUACUGCACACUUUUCAGAUAUACUGGGAAAUUAAACACUCUUCUAAACACUUUCUUGCUAUCACUUUGUAAACAUGUUUAAAUUCUAAACAUGUUUAGCGUAGGAUGGAUAGUGUUUAGCAAUUGAACAUUGAUGUUGAGGAAUUGGACACGUAGUGUUUAGCUUCUAUACAAACAUGUUCACAAAGUGAUAGCAUGAUUGUGUUUUAUUGAUAAACACAGUUUGUAAAGUGUAUCAGGCAAUUAAUUACUAUUUCAGUAUUUUGGAAAAGUAUGGGUGAUCUUUAAAAGAUUUUCGGUAAUUAGAUAAUUAUGUCAUAAGAAUAUGAAAGUGGCAGGUUGGCAUUUGAGAGGGUGUUUUUUUUGUAGAGAAAGCUAUUUUGAAAGUCAUAAUUUUUGCCUCAUACGACCGCUUGAUGCUGCACGGUAACGGCGCACAUACAUAGGUAGAGUUAUUUGGCAAUAUUUAUUUCUAAUUGUCUGUAAAAGACAAUCCUUAUUUUAUCCCAAAAAUGAAAGAACAUUAGAACAUAUAUUUUUGUAUGCAGUGUUCCAUUACUGUCCUUAACCCAAAAAAAUGAUCAGAAAAAUGGAAUAGGCAAAUAUAUCUAUGUAAUUAACUACUAUGUUGCCUUACAAAUUUGUAAGGAUUGUCCCACACAACAUGUUUUUUUAAGACGUGAACAAAACAGAAGAUGUUUUUCUUUGUCAUGGUAAAGUUGCAUACCCCUUGCUCUUAAAAAUUGCUUCGUUUUUGUUCAUUGAACGAAUCGUCAAUUUCAAAGUUAUCAUUGCCAGGUAGUUAAUAAUUUGCAAAGAAAUAAUAAUUUGUAAAGAAACAAUUCAGUAACUAAACGUCGGUGGAUUAUUUCGUCCUGGUCUCAUUCCAGAUUGAAAAAUGAAGGAAAAAUGAAAAAGGAAACAAAAACAUAUUUUUCGAGCUGACUUUCGAAAAAAAGGAAGAGGAAUCAUCUUUAAAAUACGUACGUUUUAGUCAUCAAAACAGUAUAACUAUUUUGAGAUCAAUAUGUCUUACAAACUAACCAUGGGAAAAAAAUAAGUCUCAUGUUUACGUGGUGUAUUUUAUUGUAAUUAAAGAGGUUUUAACAUACUUAUGCUUUGGGAAAUAGUCUGUACUCCUAAAAACACGAUGUUUCCUCUAGUAUUUAUUAAAGUGUAUUCACAAACAUUU